AUGGCGGAUACCGCGAGGAACCCAGACACUGCAGCAAUAUGGGCAGACAUAGAGGUCAGAAUAGACAGAGCCUUCACAACAUUCUGGCGUAAUCUGGAAGAGAGGCUGCAGCUUCAAGCCCAACAAGCAAAUGAGCACUCACCUCCACCGACGCAA